AAUAAAUAACAAUUUUAAUAGUAGUAUCUUCAUAAACAAACGUAUAAUAAUGAUUAUCUUGUUCAACAUUAUAACGAUCAUAAAUUUAUUAUAUAAUGUGAAUUGUAAUUAUUCAAGCAUCAUCCAACCUGUCAUUUAUGGAGGUCAACGAUUAAUCGUGAAUCAGAAUGGAAAAGUAGAUUUUAUGAAACCAGAAAUCUUUAGUAUCAAUAGUCAAUCACAAAAUAUUCAACCUGGAUUUAAACAAUCAGUAGAAGAUAUUUCAAAAGAUAAAAGACAAAUAGCACAAAAUCACUUUUUUCAUAGUAUACAAAUUCCUGAAAGUUUAAUACAAUUUCUUCUUGAUCGAUUUGUUUCAAUAAGUUAUACUGUUCGUGGAUUCAGAACAGUAAAACCAAAACAUUUAUGCGGUGGUCUACUUAUUAGUAAUAAUUGGAUAUUAACUGCAGCUCAUUGUAUUAGUCCAUUUCAAAGGUAUUCUAAUUAUUUUUUAUAUUUUUUUCUCAUUAAAUAUAGUAGUGUUAAUAACCUUCAAAUAUCCAAAUUACAUCAACAUAUGGAUAAAUCAUCAUCCAUUCAUUUUAUACCUAAAAAUAUACCAAGAUCAAUUGAAGCCUUAAUUCUUCAUCCAAAUUUUACACAACAACAAAGUUUAUCACCAGAUAUUGGUUUAAUUCAAUUACAAAGCUCUAUUCUUAAUUCAAUUAAUAAUGAAAUGUAUAAUUAUGAAGAAUUGAAACAUUUUUUAUUAUUAAAUGAUAAACUACUUAUUAAUAAUCAACAGUAUAUAUGUAUAGUUUCGGGUGUUGGUCAUUUAAAUUAUCGUAAUAUAAUGAAUGAAAAUUCUAAUAAUUGUAUAAGUUUCUAAUUAUGAUAAAAGUAUAAUUGAUUACAUUUUAUUGAGUAUAGAUUUUCAUGUAGCAUUUGUACAUCUUGAAUCAUGUAGUAAAUUAUGGAAGAAAUUACAGUUAGUAACAGAAACUAAACAAAAUCAUGGCCAACAAGAAGAAGAAAAUGAAUGGAUAACUAUUUGUAGACAAAUUUUAAUUGAUAAUUCUAUUAGUCAAAAGUGUCCUUUUAGUUAUUUAUGCGCUGGUGGUAGAUAUGUUGAUGGUGAUACAUGUCAAGGAGAUAGUGGUGGACCACUUUUAUGUAUUGAAUCACAAUAUUAUUCGAAAUUUAUAAAGGUAAGAGGUUUAUUUUAAACAUAUUUUUGAAUGAGUUUUUUUUAUUUAUUGGCAAAAGUGAAGUAAAAUAAUAAAUUUUAAUAGUUGAAAUCAUGAGUAAAUUGAGGCUAGACCAUCAUGGAAAACCUGGAAGCACUGGACGGUCGUUUCGUCCUAUUGUGAGACUCCUCAGCAGUGCGCAUCCACGAUCCCACCUCGCUAGAUUCGAACCCAGGGAUUAACAGUCUCGCGCACGAAUGCUUAACCAGUAGACCACUGAGCCGGCCGGCAUCUAAUGGUGUUAAUGUUCGACUUCAACCAAUCCACAAAAUCGAGUCACCAUUCACCAUUUUCUUCAGUGGGUUACUAUCUCACAACAGACCUGGUUGAACUCCAUUGAUCACUGCUUCUCACUAGAAUUUCAGGAAAUACCUCAUGAAGUCAGUCACUAGUGAGCAUAUGAAUGAUAAAUAACUGAUCAUUUAAUUCAAGUUAUAGGGUUGUAAUACAGUUCGAUAAAGACAAAUGUACAAAAGGUGUAGAGAUUGGUAAAGGAAGCUAAAAGCAGGAGGAGAUAGAAAAUAAAUAUAUUAGUAAUUCAUUAAGGCAGAGUUGACUUAUUCUGAUGAGUUUUGUCUGAGAUAUUUGCGUAUUUCGAAACUUCGUUCAUGUUCAGCUUAUAUUGUUCAACGUCAGUGAUGUGGAAGCCAAAAUCAAAGCUAAACUUUAACAUAUUAAGCAGUAUAUUUAUUUAAUAUUUGAGGUUAUGCCUACUAAAAUAUAUCAAAUCACACUUUUCAGAUAUUAACCAAAAUACAAAUCGAUGAAAAAUUCUAUUACUACUACUACUACUACUACUACUAUUAAUAUUACUACUAACAUAACUGGAGAUUUUGAAUUAACAAUCUAAUUGUCUUAAACAUAUUUGUUGCCAAGAUAGAAGAGCAGUCUUUUACGCCAAUUUUGUUUAUUGAUUAAUUGCUAUUGUGAUAAUUUAAAACUUUGUGAUUUUAAUAAGUUUCAUUCCAAAUAAAUUACUGCUAAAUUUUGAAAAUGAAAUAGGUGAUCAUAUAUGUAAAUUAUUAAGGUUCUCUCUUAAUUUUCUGAAACGAUAAAUAACAUUUAUGUUAAAUCGGAUAGUUAAGUACUGGAAAUAUUUCGUGUAAAAUUUACAGCUUUUCAUGUGAUUGUAGAGUAAAUCAAUUAUACAUAGCAAGUUUGAAUAGUCAGGAUAAUGUUAUAUAAAUUAUUAGGCUUGUCUUUACCAGAGAUCGAUCUUAGCUGAAGGAUCAUCGAAAACUAGUGAGCAUUGGACUGAAGUCUCCUCGUUGUUCAGAAUUACUCAUCGGUGACGGAAUAAGACCAUACACCAAAGUGAACCUAGAAACUUCAUGCUUUAUAUCGAAUGUAUUACUUUUAACCACAAAGUCGAAGUUCAUUGUUUGACAUUUUGAAAUUCAGUAAAUUUGCUGCGCAGCCCAUUGGUUAUUCCAAAUGGUUGCAGAAAUGAAUAUUACUUUUGGCCAGAUCAAGUUUCACCAGUAAUGCUAGCUUUUAAAAUAGAGCAUUAUAAUCUGCAAAACUAUCCGUUACUAACUUGCUGGGGAAAAUUGCAUUAAAUUUUGAUGGUGAUAACAUAUAGAAUUAGUAGAAUAAAUGAUGAAUACAAAUCGAUUGUCGACUGUCUAACGAAGAUGUUAGACUACGUUAAAAGGUGACUUUAAAAUAUGGGAUAGCAACCACCAUAGUACAGUUUUCAUUGAGAUCAAUAAUCGAUCAAUGUUAGACCAACAUUUAAAACCUGGCAGCAUUGGAUAUCUGUUUCGUCCCAGCACGGGAAUCCAACCCAUGACCUCCAAUCUUGAAUGCGAACGCAAACCUCUGGCCCACUGAGCCGGCAUUCAACGGUGUUAACGUCUAACUUCAAUCAAUCCGUGAGAUUGCAUAACCCAUUGUCUGAGGUGGAUAACUGUCUCACAUCUGACACCGAUUGGGCUCCACUAGCCACAGCUUCUCACUAGAACUGUGAAAAUAUGACAAUCUCCACGGUACCGCACAUGGAUAAGCACUGCUGAAGAGUCACAUACUAGGACGAAACAGCCAUUCAGUGCUUCGGGGUUUUCAGUGGUAGUCUAACAUUGAUCGAUUCUUGAUCUCAAUCAAAAGUCAACAAUCUCCACAACCCUAUAGUGACAGUAUAUUUUAUUGAUUACUGAAUGAUAAUCUACUCAUCAUGCCAUAACAACCAUAAAUUGUUGACUUUACUAGCUUACUAGCAAAUAUAGUUUGUUUGGCUUCAUUGCGAUUACUGAAACUUUUUCAACUCCGAUCUCUUAGUUAAAUUUACUAAACUGAUAUCAGGUUAUAAAAAUUACCACUAUUUUAUCAAUAACACUUAUUUUGUGUUCAAUGAUUGUUUGUAUAUAGUUAUUAGAAUAUUCUAGAGACUGUUUACUGAAAGUUAGUCAUAACUCUUACAAUCUCUUUCUAAAAAAUAUGAAUAGUUUUAUUCCAUAUUCUGAUCCUCUUUUAUUCUUAACUUUGUUUUACUAUAAAAGAAAUAUCCUUAAACUAUAUAGAUAUAUAGUUAGUCCUAACCUAUUUACCAUUAGGUAGAAAUAAGGUCAUUUCCUAAAAUAAUCAUCAAUGUUAUUGUUCUCACUUAUCCACAAACUGGAUAUGAGAUAGCAAUGUCUUUUUUUGUUCACUAAUUAUAUAUUAUAUCUCUUUUGAUUGCUUCCCUCUCUCUCAUAUAUAUACUCCCUCAACUUUCUAACUUUUAUGAAAAUAAGAAUAGAUUAACCUACCAUUCAAUUGAGUGUGUUCAAUAGGCGUAAGAGAACCGAUUGUCAGAGAAACCUAAGACGAACCCACUUUAUUAUUAUUAAGAUCUAAAACAUAUUUUCUUAAAGUAUGGACUAGUUAACGAAGUUUCGCAGUGAGUGCUGUAAAGUGUAAUAAUGAGUUCAUAAUAGUUCAAGCGAUAAUCAUCAUUCAAAAUAUCGUAUUCAUGUCUUGAAUAUUAUUAUUUAUCAAAUCGAUAUUUCUUCGUAUAUCUUUAGGUACGCUCAUACAUAUGACUUGGCUUUAGGAAAUUAGGUAGGCAUAAGUAGGAAAAGCAUGAUGAAAGGUUGAAUUACUUAAUAGAUGGUUGUAGUAUCUUGACUAUUUUAUUUUUGUAUACAUAUCCUCAUGUUAAAGUCCUUUUUAAUAGGAAGGAAGAAUUGUUUUUGAAAGGAAAUUUAGGAUAAAUAUACACUACUGAUGAGUAACUAAUGUCAUGUUGAUGAGGCCUUAUUGAAAGUUGUUUUAUGUUUAAUUAUAGAUGUAGUACAAUCGCAAAUGUAUGGUACGGAAAAUUACCACAGGUUUAAUGAAAAUGACUUCUUGUUGGCAUCAUUUGUCAAAGAAUAAUACAGAAAGAAAAUGGAUCUCUUAACAUUAGCUAACUUUAUCCCAAUAAUGUAAUAAAAUUAAGAAAUUAGAUAUGGGAAAACAUCAAGAAUUUUCAGUAGUGACAAUCUUCGAUGCUCAAUGGAAUUCUUGAAUAUUCUUGUGGCUUACUAACUAGUGUUGAGUAAAGCUAAAGGUUAUGGGAAGAAGUAUAAAAAGCUGGAGUAUACAUAUCUGAUUAUUGUCACUAAAAGUGUAACUUAAUACCAGUUUGUUUUAAAGUGUUGCGUUAUUGUGUGAAUUGAUAAUGUCAUUUUCAAAAUAUUCUUUUUAAUCCUCAGCAAUGGUUCGUUGCUGGUAUUGCGUCAUCAGGAAUUCAGUGUGGUUUGAAUGGGAUUCCAUCAAUCUAUACACCAAUAUAUCCCUAUUUGAGUUGGAUCGAAUUCAUUACAGGAUACGGAAAACUGAAACCUUUCGAGUAAACUUUGUAUUCAUGAUUGGGACUACUUGAAUCUAUUUCAGUAGCUCUACAGUGACGAGAAUAAUUAUGCAGUUUAUCCAUUUUACGCGAAUUAAAAUAGUGAAUGAUUC